GCGUCCGUCGCUCAUCCGCGACCGCAGCCAUUUUGUUCCGCAACGUACGGCCAUUGGUGCGCAUGCAGCCUGCCAUCUACCGGUACCGGAUUCUUAAUUAAAAAAAAAUGAAGUUGUUUCAACAUACAAUCACAUUAUCUAAAAUUAUUGGUCGAAGAGGUUUACAUGGUGCUAACCAAAAAUUAGAUAGUAUUCUAAGAGUCAAUCAUGCUGGAGAACUUGGAGCUGAUUGUAUUUAUGCAGGACAAAUGGCAGUAUUAGGAAACACUAAUGUAGGCCCUAAAAUUAAGAAAAUGUGGGAACAAGAAAAAGAACAUAAGCGUACAUUUGAAGAACUUAUAAAUCAACACAGAACUCGACCAUCUUUACUCUAUCCUUUAUGGCAUUGUGCCGGUUAUUUUCUUGGAGCUGGUACAGCACUUAUGGGUCCAAAAGCUGCUAUGGCUUGCACUGUUGCGGUGGAAACAGUAAUCGUAGAUCAUUACAAUGAUCAAUUAAGAGAAUUGAUGGCUGACCCAAAAUCUGAUCCAAAGCUACUUGAAAUAAUUAAAAAGUUUAGAGAUGAAGAACAAGAACAUCACGACUGUGGUAUUGAUCAUGGAGCUGAGCAAACGCCAUUUUACAAUGUAUUAACAAAUGUUAUAAAAUCUGGAUGCAAAUUAGCCAUAGAAGUAGCAAAGAAAGUGUAAAAAUAUUUAACUUGUAAAAUAAUAUAAUGUUUAUAGUGAAA